AUGGCCACGGCGUUGACAGGCGACAGCCUUUCGCGGCUGUCGUCGCUCAAUGCGUCGAGCCUUGACGAGCGUUUCUAUGGCGAGCGGUGGAGACCUCAGUAUUCAGCGUCGCCGGAGCCGCAAUGGGCAGUUUCACCUUCAUACACACCAGUGCGGAAAGCUUCCAGAGCACUCACCACAACCCCACACACCGCCCCGCUCGCGCACCGUCCACGCGCCCAACGUCACGUCUCCGAUCCGGUCCAGCCCUUGAUGGUCGACGACGAGUGGGCGCUGGACAUGCCCAUCCGUCACCGCAAAGCAAGCUCCCCCGAGUACCAGCUGAAGAAGCCCGCCUCGCCUGUCCAGCGCCGUCGUGGAAGCUCGGUGCUCGAAGAGUCGCGCCCGGCCGCCGGCCGACAAUGGCCGCCCCGCGGGUACACGGUCGAGUCCAUGCUGGACCAGGCCCAGGCGGACGAGUUCAUAUCCACCGGCGCGAGCAUAUUCAAGGGCCGCGUCGAGGACGCCCCCGGAGCGCCCGCAGGCUACUACCGCUUCUUUGCGAUAAUGGAGGGGGAUGACGCGGAGCGCAACGAUCGCGCGCGGUAUCAGCACGACGCGUACAAGGACAUCACCCUGUCGCAAACAACGUCGUCCGAUGGCCCGUACCCGUGGCUCGCUCUGGAGCAGCCGUGCAUGGCGUACGCCUUCGGCUGGAUGCCUGGAACCACGACACUCAACUACAAGGUCAGCCUGUCGGGAAGCUUGAAGCCCAAGCUCAAGUAUGGGGGUGGCGCGAUCCAGCCGCGCAAGAUCAAGCUAGGCCACAUCUUAGAUCGUUUGCGUAGUUUGAACAAGGGAUUUCCGGACAAUGACCCUGACGAACUCCACCACGAUUUGUACCGCGUCCUUCUCGAAGACCCGGAUCCCGACGGAAAUACCGGGCUCGAGCAGCAGAUGGUCGCCCUGUUCACAGUCCUCAUCAACCCAGAUUGGAUUGAUUUCAGCCAGGCGAAAAAUCACGUGGUUGCCAAGUUCUUCGACAGCAAGGACAGCGCCAGAAAAACAAAGUUCUUCCACCAACUCCUACUCGCCGUGGAAUUGUACCUGCGGGUGCACCAUGACAUGCACCUGGCCCAAGCCAAGAGAACCUUGAUCGCCGCGCUGCCACCCAAGGUGUUGUGGGACCUCGCAUUAGCUGAGCGUUGGCUAGCCAACAUGUCGAUCAAGAAGUCACGUACAUCAUCAAAUGAGAGCGUAUUCAGCUUCCAACUCGGGAACAAGCAGAGGCAGAAGGAGGCAUUGCGGCUCUUUGCGAAGAUGCUGAAGUGGCCGAACAUGCAAGAGCUCGACUUCGUCCUCGAAGAGAAGGACCGCUACGAGGUUCCGCUUGAGGACCGUUCGGCAGACGCCAUGUCUUGGUUUGCCGGCGUGAUUCUGCCGGGCCCAACCUUGCCAUGGCUCCUCAUGAACUCUCUGAUAGAUUGCGACAAGGAGACCGGUCCGUUGCUGAAAUACCUCACACAUGUUGCGCCGGCUUCGGGCUUCCAGUACAGGGCUAACACAUAUUGGUCUUACAAAUGCAUCGUGGGGAAAGUUCUCGGCGCGUCAAGAGGUGUCAAACAGGUAACCGGCUGGGUUGGCCCUUGCUACUACAGCCCGGAUCUGAAGCGCACGGAAUGCGUCAAGAUCAACCAGAUAGCGACUCCAAAGAUCCGGCUAACGGCUUCGGAUGUGGAGUCUGUGAAGGUGCGGACGGAUCCGCUUGGUCCGGAAGAGGACGAAUAUCCGCUCGGCGAUUACGACUUGGUGAUGCCCGAGAUGGAGGACAUCACGGACGACAUUCGGGUACAGAAGUUGAGCUUCUACCCUGUCAAGGAGCAGCCGAUGCUCAAGCAUGGAGGGGAGGGAGCGCCAUUGCUCUUUGAUGCGGCAAUCAUGUUUGCCUGUGGUGGGGAUAGUUGGCCGAUGCGGCUGGCUUACGACGUCGACUUUGUCGCCGCGUAUCCCUGCCACCAGGGCCCGCAUGUGCUCUUCUUCGACUACAAGUUCAAGGCCAUCCGGGUUGACGAUGGCCUCGUCGACAUCACGGAAUGGGGUCAAGGGCCCGGGCUGUCACAUUCAGAUUCUUCGCCAAUGUCUUCCAGGAAUAACUCCAGGGUCACGCUUGCCUCGACGCAGGACCCGGUAUCCACGCAUCUGGACUGCGUGCUCGUCAUCGAAGCGCUUGGCGUUAGCGACAACGAAGUGUUUGCCCGUUCGUGGUGCGCGCAGACGGGUCAUCAUGCCAUCGUCGCGAACAUCAAGAAGACGUGCAUGGCCUGCGCAAUCAGAGAGGCAUAUGCGGCUUGCAUCAGCGUCGUGAUCCUGACGGAGGGGGGGAGGGUUACGGAAAAGGACGAAGACUAG